GACACUUUACAUCAGGUAAAGUCACCCAGCAUCAAACAGCUUGGCCGCAAGACCCUUGACUGGAAAAUUGUUAAAAUCAUAAUACUAUAUUUGUCAUGUUUCUUAUCAACAACUAAAUUGAGAGUCCGAAACUUUGUACUUUUUAAUGAACAGUGGCCGAACAAAGCACAACACACUUUCAUAUGGGCAUACAACAUAUGUAAACUGCGCUGAGAUGUAUCAGUCCGCACAGGAAAGUAGUUCCAAACACUCCACUUUAUGCAUAAAUACAUAAACUCACUCUACAACUACGUACGGUGGUAGGCUAUUGUGUUUUAUUACACGCAACUAUAUACACACUUUUGUAUAAUGCAACAGCUACACACUUGGCCGCAUGUAUAUGUACUAUUGUAAAUAUUUAUAUACCACAGAAGAUACUGAACAACCUAAUUGUGUGACUGCCAAGUCAUAUCAGUUCCAGGAGAUGUUGACAGGACAGGAAAUGUUGUAAGACUGACAGCUCCUCCCUUGAGUGCGUGCGUGCGUGUGUGUGAGUGUACGUGCUUGUGAGCGUGUGUGUUUCCGAGGAACGUGAAGCACAAGUAACGCCCGUCACCUCAUCACACCUACAAAUCAAACUGAAGGGGCUGCAUGACAGGAAGUGGAUGAAGAAACAGUUUGGUGUGAACACAAGCUGGCAUGAAGAGACACAAACACUCCUCUGGCUGGUUCGGGAGCCUGGCAACCCUCUCCCUCCGCCGCCCGAGCUCCCGACGCAAGGCCUCCGCCCCGCCGCAGGACGGGAGCAGGAUCUGGCCGGCUGACGACACAGAGACCGGCCCCCAGCUGCGCGGCUACGCCCGCUCCAGUGCCAUGUACACCCAUGUGGGAACGGUGCCUCGCAGUGACAGGCAACCCAGCAGGAUGAACACGGACUGGGAGGAGGGGGAGGCGAGGACAGCGACGGCAGAGCAUGUGCGGGACUCCCCGCUGCUCGGUGCUCUUUCCAGCCUCAGUCUCCACGCUGUAGCGCAGUCCAGCUGUUCUCCGGCCGAGCACGUACAGGACAUGUCUAAAGGAGCUCCGGCUGGCCGCGAUGUGUCCAAAGCUAAUUUGGCUCCAUUGGAGGUUUACAAAAAUAUUCCGGUCCCUCAAGACAUUUACGUGCACAUGGAUGCUGUAAGCAGCCCGGAAACCGCAAAGAACUCACAAGAAGUGGAACACUUGCACAGUCCAAUGGAUGGCUGUGGCGAAUACGUGAAGUUCUCCCAGGACGAGAAGUUCUGGCAGGAGAAGCAGCUGCAGGAGGAACAGAAACUGAGCGCCGCCAACCUGAGGAGCCACGCCUGGUACCAUGGAUCAAUCACCCGACAGGUUUCCGAGGCCCUGGUGCUGAACCAGGGGGACUUCCUCAUCCGGGACUCCGAGUCCAACCCGGCCGAUUUUGUCCUGACAACCCGCUGGGACCAGAAGACCAAUCACCUCCCCGUCCGGAGCACGACAGCGCACUGCGGGCUCCUUUACAGCCUGGACCAGAAAUCUUUCGACUCGAUGCCCGCCCUGGUGCGCUUCUACGUGGGCAGCGGGGCGCCUCUGACCCGCCGGAGCGCCGCCCGGAUCCAGCGACCGGUCAGCAGGACACUGCCGCUGCGCCACCUUGAGACGACGAUUGGUUUGCCGCCAUGUCAGCCGACCCCGAGCCAGGCGGAGGAGGUCUGCCCCAAAAGCGCCCCGUCUUUGCACCGCCGACAACCUCCGCUCUCUUCCCCUCCUGAUGACAUCCCUCGUCUGUCCACCAGUGCCGCCCCAUCACCAUCCCCCUCCAUAAGGUUGGAUCCCGCUCUUCCUGAACUCCACCCGGACAUCCAGGCUACAAACCCGGACGGCAGCUGCUACACGGAGCUCUACCCGGGCCCCCAGAGCUUCGUGGAGAGGCUCCGUGAGGAGGAAGGUCCCAGGGCGGUGGACGUUGACCUCCCUCUCGUGGUGGAGACGGCGUCGUCCUUUGCUCCCACCAACUACUGCUCGCCACUGAUGCCUGGGGAGAACAAGCCCUUGGAAGUGGGCAUCCUGCAGCGGGUGAAGGAACUCCUGGCUGGGACGGACCCCCAUACGGCUGCCCGACACAUUACCAAGUGGGACUGCACGGUCGCUCGCAUCUUGGAGGUGCGUCCAGAGAUGCAAAGGAUGAUGGGGGUCAGCUCAGGAGUGGAGCUCCUCACGCUGCCGCACGGACAGCAGCUCCGAUUAGACCUGCUGGAAAGGCUGCAUACUAUGGCCACCAUGUUGGCAGUCAACGUGUUGGGAUGCACCGGCACCACCGAGGAGCGAGCCUACGUUCUGCACAGAAUGAUUGCCAUUGCCGCCGAGCUCAAGAGCAGCAUGGGCAACUUGUAUGGAUUUGCUGCCGUCAUGAGAGCACUAGAGCUGCCGCAGGUGACUCGUCUGGAGCAGACGUGGACGGCAUUACGGCAGCGGCACACAGAGGGCGCUGUUCUCUAUGAGAAAACUCUCAAGCCCUUCAUGAAAAGUCUGAACGAGGGCCGAGAAAGUUGCCCUGCGUCCGGCACUACCUUUCCUCACGUCCUGCCGCUGCUGCGCCUUCUGGAGAAGGGCGCAGCUGUGAACGAGGGACCCCAGGGGGCGGAGGAGGACCCGUGGGUCUUGGGGGCCGAGGCCUGGGAGAUGGCAGAGGCCAGCGUUGAUGUAGAUGUGCUUAUGUUCCACCUGGCAGCCGCGAGGAACGCCGCCCAGCUCGGUGCUGUCUAUGCCACUAAUGCCUUCAGCAAACUACAAGACUUCCAGGAGCAGUCGGACAUCUCCCAAGUAUUCUGCACAGACUUCCAGAUGCGAUUGCUAUGGGGGAGCAGGGGAGCGGCGGAGAGCCAGGCGCGCCGCUAUGCCAAAUUCAACCAAGUAUUGACUGCCUUGUCCAAAAGGCUGGAGCCUCCAACGUGCUGACUCGGGAAAACGACCAUCAACAUUAAGAGUUACCUCAAAGGGUGGAGCUUAGCUUAGCACGCAACAGGUAGCGGGUUCGACUUUUGGCUUAGUCCACAGUGAGUAAUGGCCACAGUGAGUAACUCACAGAUUGGCUUUACACUGGCUUGCAAAUGUAAAAAAAAAAAAAAAAAAAAGUUUGCAUUGUCUCCCCCAACAGUCGAGACUUACAGAAGUCUUGUACAACUUUUAUAAAUUUAUGGAACAAAAUAGGUGAAGGCUGGACCUUCACUACCCUGUAGUCAACUGUCCAAAACACACAAGAGGGUCGUUUUAAAAAUCUUUGUGUGUGUGUGUGUGUGUCUGUGUGUGUGGGGGGGGGGGGGGGGGUUAGUUUGUUCAUCUGGAACAUUAGUAACUAUCCAAUUGAUGUGAAUUUAAUUUUCUUUUUGUAUUACGAGUGAGAUUGUAAAAACUACUAAUAAGUCUACUCACACGUUCAGAUGUAUGUAUUGUGUGUAGAGAUGAAAUGUAUUAAACCUGAACUAUGUUUUUUUUCUGUUGUUUUUCCAUUUGAUUAAUUUCUUUUGAACUGGCCAAACCGAAUGAGGGAAUUACUUUUUAGUGCUGUAUAUAAGGAUUAGGGGAUAAGGGUGGACCACAUUCGGGCACACACAAAAACAAUGGUUCGUCAAAAGCCAUAGAAUAAAAAUGAUGAACAAACAA